UUUCUACCCGUUAAAUUAGGACAUAGUACCCUUUACCAAAAGUUAACUUCAUCAACUCAUUUGCUUCAAAACUUGUCUAAAAAAGAAAAUGUAUCCAACGUCUGUUAAUCAAGACUACGGCAAAUUCUCCUGUGAAGGAUACCAUCCAGGUCCAAUGAAACAACCACCUUACAAUGUUCCUCACUAUGCAUCACCCGCCGGUAUGCCGGUGCAUUCAUCCGCCACCACCAACACGGUGGCGUGGUCAACCGGUCUUUGCCACUGUUUUGAUGACCCUGCUAACUGUUUAGUUACUUGUGUUUGCCCUUGUAUCACUUUUGGACAGAUUUCUGAAAUACUAAACAAAGGGACAACUUCAUGUGCUAGUAGAGGUGCAUUAUAUGGUUUGCUGGGAGUGACAGGAUUGCCUAGCCUAUAUUCAUGCUUCUAUAGGUCCAAAAUGAGGGGGCAAUAUGAUCUGGAAGAAGCACCUUGUGUUGAUUGUCUUGUUCAUGUUUUCUGUGAGCCUUGUGCUCUUUGCCAAGAAUACAGAGAGCUUAAGAACCGCGGCUUUGAUAUGGGAAUUGGGUGGCAAGCUAAUAUGGAAAGACAAAGCAGGGGAGUUACGAUGCCCCCUUAUAAUGCUGGCAUGACCAGCUGGUUUCGCUUGUAAUAAGAUGAUGAACUUUGACAAGCUUUACAAUUUGGAAGUAAUGCUACCUCGAGUUCCCUGUA